GAAGGAAGGUGCUCAGAAAAAGGCUGCUGAUCAAAAAACCAAAGUGCCAGAGCCUACGAAGAGCUGCUCGAGCCAGCCCCAGCCCGCCGGUGCCGGCCCCGGCGCUGCCACCAGCACCCCGCCCAGCAGCGGCCAUGGCAAGCGAGCGCCUGCCAGCAGCCAGCCGCCCGCGGCGCCCCGUUACCUGCCUCGCGAGGUGCCUCCGCGCUUCCGCCAGCAAGAACAGAAGCAGCUACUAAAGAGAGGUCAGCCGUUGCCUGCGGGGGCUCUGACCAGUGCGAGCCCACCGCAGGGUGCCGGGCCCGCAGGGGUAAGCCCCCCUCCCCUCCCCGGAGCCGGAGCGCAGCAGCACCCCAGUACGCUCCAACCAGAUCUCAGUCACGGUGGAUUGGCAGAUCGCUAUGACGGCUCCCGCUGGGGGCAGCAGCCCACUCACGGAAGCGAAGCCGGCUGCGGCUGGGAUAAAGUGAUCGUCGACAGGACUGACGAGGAGGCGUGGCCUUCCGUCACCGGGGCAGAGACGGAAUCUGCCUCAGAAUGCAGUACAGACACUGACUCUGCCUCCAAGUGCGGCUCAGAGAACAGUAGCAUGGCUACAGGGGGCGCCCAGGGCACCUUCGCGGGGCGUGCCAAGAAGACAGAUGGCAGCGACGGCACCAAUGGUGCGCUCGUCCAAAGCCCUUCUAACCAGAGCGCCCUUGGGGCAGGGGGCGCAGCCGCUCAUGGAAACGCAGCCCGGGUGUGGGGCGUAGCCACGGGCCCCGGCUCGGGCCCAGCCCACAGCUCCCUCGGCGGUGGGGAUGGAAAGAUGGACAGUGCGAUCGGGGACGGGAGAGGUCAGAAUUGCUGGGCUGCUUCCAACCCCAGUGCCGGCAUCAACCUUAACCUUAACCCUAAUGCCAACCCAGCUGCCUGGCCUGUACUCGGACACGAAGGAACUGUGGCGACAGGCAACCCUUCCAGUAUUUGCAGUCCGGUCAGUGCCAUAGGUCAGAGUGCGGGCAACCAGAACGGGAACCCGCCGGGCACUUUAGGUGCUUGGGGAAACUUACUGCCGCCCGAGAGCACAGAACCACAGACGCCCGCUUCUCAGAAUGUGUCUUUCAGCGUACAACCUCAGAACCUUAACACUGAUGGACCAAAUAACACUAACCCCAUGAACUCUUCACCAAACCCUGUCAAUGCAAUGCAGGCAAAUGGACUGCCAAACUGGGGCAUGGCUGUUGGUAUGGGGGCCAUCAUCCCGCCCCACCUGCAAGGCCUGCCUGGUGCUAACGGAUCUUCGGUUUCUCAAGGCGGGGGCAGCGGCGGCGAAGGACUCAGCAGUUCGGUGUGGGGCCUGUCCCCGGGCAACCCCGCCGCAGGAAGUAGCAGUUCUGGGUUCAGUCAGGGGAGUGGAGACACUGUGAACUCGGCGUUGAGCACUAAGCAGAACGGAUCCAGCAGCGCUGCGCAGAAGGAAGGAAGUGGGGGAAACGCCUGGGACUCGGGCCCUCCUGCCGGCCCUGGACUCCUUGCCUGGGGACGGGGCGGCGGCAGCAACAGCAGCGUUAGUCACAUCCACUCGGGGGCUUGGGGCCACCCCAGCCGAAGCACCUCCAACGGGGUGAACGGGGAAUGGGGAAAGCCCCCAAACCAGCAUUCCAGCGGUGACGGCAGCGGGAAGGGAUCGGCGGGGUGGGACGGCCCGGGCGGCAGCAGCCAGAGCCCUGCCCCGCAGCCCGGCAGUGAGCACAUGAACUCGUGGGCCAAAGCCGCGUCUUCUGGAACCACGGCAAGCGAAGGAAGUAGCGAUGGUUCCGGCAGUCACAGCGAAGGGGGCUCUGGGAGGGAAGGGGCCGAAGGCCGAAGGCGAGACAAAGGGAUUCUAGACCAAGGGCACAUCCAAUUGCCAAGGAACGAUCUUGACCCCAGAGUCCUGUCUAAUACUGGCUGGGGACAGACUCCGGUGAAGCAAAACACUGCCUGGGAAUUUGAAGAGUCCCCGAGGUCCGAGAGGAAGAAUGACAAUGGGACAGAGGCCUGGGGCUGUGCGGCUCCUCAGCCUUCACACUCAGGGGCGAAGAGUGAUGGGUCCAUCGUGAGCAGUACAAAUACCUCUUCGGUGUCCGGGUGGGUCAGCUCCCCGCCUGCUGCCGCGCCGGCCAGCACAGGCUGGGGGGACAGCAGCAACAAGGCGCCGAAUGGCCCGGGGGUGUGGGGGGACUCGAUAAGCUCUCCUGCUGUUACAAAUGCUGCUGCCGCCGCCAAGAGCGGCCACACCUGGAGUGGGACCGGAGGCCAGGAGGACAAGUCACCCGCCUGGGGGGAGCCUCAGAAACCCAGGUCUCAAACCUGGGGAGACGGACAGAAAUCCAGCCCGGCCUGGAGCGCAGGAGGGGGAGACUGGGCGGACUCGUCGUCUGUCCUCGGACACUUGGGGGACGGGAAGAAAAAUGGCUCUGGAUGGGAUGCCGAUGGCAACCGGUCAGGGUCUGGUUGGAACGACGCUGCCAGGUCUGGGCCCAGUGGCUGGGCUAAUGGCACAAACGCCAAGGUGAAUCCAGGGACAAACUGGGGAGAGUCUUUAAAACCUGGCCCCCAACAGAACUGGGCGGGCAAACCCCAAGACAGCAAUGUGAGUAACUGGGGAGGAGCCGCUUCCGUUAAACAGACAGGGACCGGGUGGGUUGGGGGUCCGGUCCCUGUCAAACAGAAAGACAGCAGUGAGGCCACGGGCUGGGAGGAGCCUUCUCCACCAUCCAUCCGGCGCAAAAUGGAAAUCGAUGAUGGUACCUCAGCUUGGGGUGACCCGAGCAACUACAAUAAUAAAACUGUAAACAUGUGGGACAGAAACAACCCGGGCGUGCAGAGCAGCACCACGGCCGCCGCCACCACCACGAGCAGCAGCACGGACGCGGUCGAGACGCCGCCGUCGCACCAGGCCAGCGCCCAGCUGAGUCGAUCGCCGCUGCUCGGCCCAGUCUCCUCGGGCUGGGGAGAGAUGCCUAACGUCCAUCCGAAGGCCGAGAGCUCUUGGGGAGAGCCAUCCUCCCCCUCUGCCCUGGUCGACAACGGCACCGCGGCGUGGGGCAAGCCGCCCAGCAGCGGCAGCGGAUGGGGGGACCAGCCCGCAGAGCCGCCCGUGACCUUCGGGAGAGCCGGCGCCCCCACUGCCGCCCCGGCCCUGUGCAAACCAGCUUCGAAAUCUAUGCAAGAAGGCUGGGGCAGCGGCGGGGACGACGUCAGCCUCAGCGCCAGUCAGUGGGAAGACGAGGAAGGGGGCGUGUGGAACGCCGCUUCCCAGGAAAGCACCUCCUCCUGCAGCUCCUGGGGGAGCGCCCCCAAAAAAGGACUCCCAAAGGGCAUGAAAACGCCUGGCAAGCAGGACGAGGCCUGGAUCAUGAACCGGCUGAUCAAACAACUCACAGACAUGGGCUUCCCGAGAGAGCCAGCUGAAGAGGCCUUGAAGAGCAACAAUAUGAAUCUUGACCAGGCCAUGAGCGCCCUGCUGGAAAAGAAGGUGGACGUGGACAAGCGUGGACUGGGAGUGACCGACUACAAUGGACUGGUCACCAAAGCCCUUGGCUGCCGCCCACCAGUCUCCAAAGACUCUUCCGGGGACCGCCCCGCCUUUCUCGACAAGGACGGCGGCCUAGUGGAAGAGCCCACGACUUCACCAUUUUUGCCUUCACCAAGCCUGAAGCUCCCCCUUCCAAACAGUGCACUCCCUAAUCAGGCCCUGGGUGGGAUCGCCUCGGGGCUGGGCAUGCAAAACUUGAAUUCUUCUAGACAGAUACCGAGUGGCAAUCUGGGUCUGUUCGGCAGCGGCGGAGCAGCACAAGCCAGGACCAUGCAGCCGCCGCCGCAGCCGCCCGUGCAGCCUCUGAGCUCCUCCCAGCCCAGCCUCCGCGCUCAAGUGCCUCCGUUUCUAUCCCCUCAGGUUCAAGCACAGCUUUUGCAGUUUGCAGCAAAAAACAUUGGUCUCAACCCUGCACUAUUGACCUCGCCGAUCAAUCCUCAGCAUAUGACGAUGUUGAACCAGCUCUAUCAGCUGCAGCUGGCAUACCAACGUUUACAAAUCCAGCAGCAGAUGCUACAGGCUCAGCGUAAUGUUUCCGGACCCAUGAGACAACAGGAGCAGCAAGUCGCGCGCACAAUCACUAACCUGCAGCAGCAGAUCCAGCAGCACCAGCGCCAGCUGGCCCAGGCCCUGCUCGUGAAGCCGCCGCCGCCCCCGCCGCACCUGUCUCUGCACCCCUCUGCAGGCAAAUCGGCCAUGGACAGCUUCCCCCCCCACCCCCAGGCCCCCGGCCUGCCUGACCUGCAGACCAAAGAGCCGCAGUCUUCACCCAGCACCUUUGCUCCUUACCCUCUCGCUGGACUGAACCCAAACAUGAAUGUCAGCAGCAUGGACGUGACCGGCGGCUUGUCGGUGAAGGACCCGACUCCGUCCCAGUCCCGCCUCCCUCAGUGGACACACCCCAACCCAAUGGACAACCUGCCCGGUGCUGCUCCUCCCCUCGAUCAGAACCCCAGCAAGCAUGGUGCUAUCCCUGGAGGCCUGAGCAUCGGGCCUCCAGCUAAGUCCUCUAUCGACGACUCCUAUGGCCGGUACGAUUUAAUCCAGAGCAGUGAGUCACCAGCCAGUCCUCCGGUAGCUGUCCCCCAUAGCUGGUCACGUGCCAAAUCUGACAGUGAUAAAAUCUCGAACGGCUCCAGCAUCAACUGGCCCCCAGAAUUCCAUCCUGGAGUCCCGUGGAAAGGACUUCAGAAUAUAGACCCUGAGAACGACCCUGACGUCACUCCUGGAAGUGUCCCCACCGGGCCCACCAUCAACACCACCAUACAGGACGUCAACCGCUACCUCCUCAAGAGUGGAGGGUCCUCCCCACCGUCAUCUCAGAGUGCCGCGCUGCCUUCCUCGAGUGCCUGGCCGCUCAGUGCCUCCGGCUACGCUCGCUCCUUCAGCAGCAUCGCGCCCGCGCCCAGCAUUGCAGGUAAACUGUCAGACAUUAAAUCGACGUGGUCCUCCGGCCCUGCCUCCCACACACAAGCCUCUCUGUCUCAUGAACUGUGGAAGGUGCCCAGAAACACUACUGCACCCACGAGGCCGCCUCCAGGGUUAACCAAUCCCAAGCCUUCCUCCACCUGGGGAACCAGCCCCCUCGGCUGGAGCAGCGCUUACUCCUCGGGUUCCGCGUGGAGCACCGACGCCUCCGGAAGGACGAGCAGCUGGCUCGUCCUCCGCAACCUCACGCCCCAGAUCGACGGCUCGACCCUGCGGACGCUGUGUCUGCAGCACGGGCCUCUGGUCACAUUCCACCUGAACCUGACGCAGGGCAACGCCGUGGUCCGCUACAGCUCCAAGGAGGAGGCCGCCAAGGCCCAGAAGUCCCUGCACAUGUGUGUCCUGGGAAACACUACCAUCCUGGCCGAGUUUGCUGGCGAAGAAGAGGUGAAUCGUUUCCUAGCCCAGGGCCAGGCGGUGCCGCCCACGUCCGGCUGGCAGUCGGGCACCGGGGCCGGCCAGACGCGGCUGGGCACCUCGGGCGGCUCCCACGGGCUGGUGCGGGCCGACACCGGCCACUGGAGCGCCCCUUGUCUGGCCGGCAAAGGGAGCAGUGACCUCCUGUGGGGCGGGGUCCCGCAGUACUCAAGCAGCCUCUGGGGCCCCCCCAGCAGCGACGACGGCAGGGUGAUCGGAAGCCCCACGCCACUGAACACCCUGCUCCCUGGCGACCUUCUCAGCGGGGAGUCCAUCUAGGACCUCGAGGACCCCCGUGGGCGCCCCCGUCGGCAGCGCUGGGAAGAGAAGGCUGACCCUUUCCAGUCCGGGCGGCGCUGAGGACCCCGCUUGGCCCGGAGCAGCCCGGCAGCCCUUGAGUACCUCCGUCCAGUACUGGGGACGCACGUCCGCCGCGGUCCUUGCGAACUGUCCACGGGACAGUGCGGGCCGCGCUUGGUCAGUGUCACAUGCUAAUGACAGGAUGUUCCUCAUAGCUUU